AUGCCACAGCGGCAUCGAAAAACAGCCGCUUGUAAUGAUCGUCACCACACAGUCCAUGCUCCCACUACUGGCCUGAUUGCCGCUAUUGACGGAGUUCUCACUGAGAUGGACCUCUCUAGGCCCGGGAGACUGCGUCCCAGCCCUGACAUUGCGAGACUAGUCAUAACAGAAAAUAGUCAUGCCAUUACUGGCGCCAAGAGUCGUGGAAAUUGUGUUGGCAGUAACAGUGGCGGUAGCAGCAACAGACGUUUCAACGAACAGGCUCUGCAUCGUGAAAGAAGGGUUAAGAAUUACUUAGAGGAGGAUGGCGAGGGUUGUGCGACAUCCGCAGAUGGUGCUGAAGUUCAAAGUGAGCGUGGCCAGCUAAUUGGACAUAGUCUAGAGCCCGUUCGAAGUGGUGGUGACAGUGCUCCGGCGACCUCUUUGGCCAGGCUAGAACGCCCUAAUUUCCAAUCUGUCAUGGUAAGUAUUGUUACCAAGCCAAAUUCAGAAGCUAUUUUUUUCUAA